CGAAUUUCGGACCAAAUCAUUUCGAACAAACAUUCGAAACAACAACGACUUUGACGAGAAUAACUUUGAACUUGAUUAAACAAUUUUCAUUCAAUUUUUUUUAAGAAAAAAAAAUUUUAUCGAUACUUUAAACAUGAAAAUAUCAAAUCUUAUUAUAAUUUUUAUAAUAUGUCCAUCAUUGGUCAUUGCUGGUGAUUAUUCCAUUCAAAUGGAACCUAUCGUAUCGACUACAUCAGGCCGAUUGAUUGGUCAAAAAACUUUGAUCAAUAAUAAUGAUGAAAUAUAUCAAUUUUUUGGUGUUCCAUAUGCACAGCCACCAAUUGGUGUGAAUCGAUUUGAGAGACCAAAAGAAUUAUUGGCCAAUGCAAGUGAACGUUUACUAAUGGCUAAACAAUUGAAACCAACAUGUAUGCAAAUGAAACAUUUGGCCAAGGCAAUUAAUCCACUUCUUGAUUUGGAUCAAAUUCAUAACAUUUCAGAAGAUUGUCUUUAUUUGAAUAUUUAUGUUCCAGCAGUGGAACAACAAGAUUCUCCAUUACCAGUAAUGGUAUGGCUACCAGGUGAAGGAUAUGAUUUUGCCGAUGCUCGACAAUUUGAUGGUACUUAUUUGGCUUCAAUUGGAAAAGUAAUCGUUGUCACUGUACAAUAUCGAGUGGGUAUUUUUGGUUUUCUCAAAAAUAAUGCCGGUCUUUGGGAUCAAUUGGCAGCUCUUAAAUGGAUUAAUCAAAAUAUUGCUAAUUUUGGUGGAAAUCCUGACGAUGUAACUGUAUUCGGUCGAUUCUCCGGUUCAAUGUCGAUAUCAAUUUUACUUAGCUCACAACAUAUUAUUGAUUAUCCAGUAACGCUAUUUAAUCGAGCCAUUCUUAUGAGCGGCAUUGCUGUUGGCAAUUGGGUUUUCGAUGACAAACAUGAUGAUAAAAUUCAACAAGUCAUUGAAAGUCAAGGCUGUAAUGAUAUCGAAUGUUUGAAAAUGUUGCCAGCUAAGCAAAUUUUAGAUAAAAGCGGACAUGGCUGGAAACCAUUUAUCGACAAUGAUUUUAUCGUUGAUGAACCAUUGAAUGCCCUUCGAAAGGGAAAAUUUUCCAAACAUGUUGAAAGCAUCAUGUUGGGCACUAAUCAAUACGAAGGAAGUCUUUGCCUACUUAAACAUUUGGCUAUGGAUGAAUCAUUCUAUGGGCAACUUAUUCGUAAUAAUAUCAGCGAUAAUGAAUUUGAACGAAUAAUACGUGAAGAUUUACAAAUGUUUUAUGGUGAUGAUUUUCAUUUCGAUAAUUAUAAAGCCGAUAUCAUUACCAAUCGAGAUAAUUAUAUGCAAUUCUGUUCAGAAUUAUUGAUCGAAUCACAUAUGCGUGAAUAUGAUGCCAUUUUGCAACGAAUCUAUUACAGUAAAAAUUAUAGAUUACAUAAUAUCUUCAAAUAUAAAGUCGAUUAUAAACCAUCAUUUUCGAUUGCACCGGAAUUUAUUAAUUCAUCCAUUCAUGGUGAUGAUGUACUUUUGGCAUUUGGUUUGGCAUUUAAAAAUCCAUUCAUAUCGAACAUGAAUGAUAAACAAAUAUCCAAACGAAUGAUUCAAUUAUUUUCACAAUUUACAUUGGAUGGAUCAUUACCGGAAUCAAUGGGAUCGGAUCGUUACAUUGAAAUAAAAGUAGAAUCAAAAUUAUCAAGCAAUCACAAUAAUUGUCAACAAUGGAAAGCAAAUGCCAUACUAGUUAUUGUAUUCGCUGUCAUUGCAAUCAUUUUCAUCGCCAUGCUUAUUGCACUAAGCCGAACAUUGAUUAUGGAAUCAUUUGUGGGGCAAAAUAAAUAUAAAAAAACAUGUCAACAAAUUAAACAAUUGAUGCAACAACAACAACAACAACAACAACAACAACAAUUUUAUUCAUGA